GUGACUUCCGUUUAUAAAAAAAAAGAAAAAAAGAAGCGAGUGUGGGGUAUGCGCAAUCAAAAGGCGGUACGUGAUUUGCGCAGCGGAACGCGGAAGGGGAAUCGCUUCUGUCUUGGUACGUAAUUCCGAGUCGCUGUGUACCGGGGGAUGGGCCCGGUUCUCGUGGAAUGCUGCCCGUGUUUUCCUUGCUGGGGAUUCGGGAGUCGCCCGGCGGCCGGCGGCGCACGCACACACGCCACUGGAUUCAACGUGGACACGGCUCCGUGGAUAGAAGCGGCCACAGCGGAAGACGUGUUGCUCUCGAACGGGUCGGGAGACGCGGACCCACGCGCGCGCUCGUGUCGUUUGAUUAGUCCAUUCAUUCCUCAGCUGGUCGGUUAACGGCGAGGCGUUCACGGACUUGUCACCGCAUCUCUUUUGGGUCGGAGGACGAGGCUGACGAGGCGGUUCUCCAGUCGGAGGGCAUCGACUAUGGGCGAGGAGGAGGAACCGAUGCAGUGGUUCACGUCCAGGCAGCGUCAAAACACAGGGCAGUGAUGCCUGGCAUGGUGAUGUUUCGGCGGCGCUGGUCAGUCGGCAGUGAUGACCUGGUGCUGCCCGCCCUCUUCCUUUUCCUUUUACACUGCAUCUGGUUGGUGGUUCUGUCCGUGGUUCUGUUCGGCCUUCCUUAUGGCUCAGACCAGUCCUGCUCUAUAACCCUGGUGGACCACGGCCGAGGGUAUCUUGGCAUCUUGGUCAGCUGCCUCAUCUGUGAGAGCGCCAUCAUGUGGUUGAGCAUGAGGGGCAGCAUCCUGUACACGCAGCCCAGGGAAGCUGUGCAGUAUGUCAUCUAUAUCCGACUAGCUAUCCUGUUGGUUGAGCUCGUGUAUGCAGUGGUGGGAAUUGCCUGGCUUGUUCAGUAUUACCAGCCAUGCUCUGAUGUCACCGCCAAGAACCUGGCUUUGGGGAUCGUUGCAUGCAACUGGCUAGUGAUAUUCAGCGUCUGCAUCACUCUCAUGUGCACUUUUGAUCCAACUGGUCGGACAUUCGUCAAACUGAAAGCAACUCGCCGGCGUCAACGAAACCUCACAACAUACACGCUCAGACACAGACUUGAGGAAGGUCAAGCCAGCAGCUGGAGCAGAAGACUAAAAUUCUUCAUGUGCUGCACAAGAGCACAGGAUACACAAUCAGAUGCAUAUUCAGAGGUGGCAAGCAUUUUUGCAGAGUUCUUCCGAGACCUGGACAUUGUGCCGAGUGAUAUUAUUGCUGGAUUGGUACUCCUGCGUCAGACGCAGAGAUCUAAAAGAUCGUCUAUAUUGGACCAGGGAAACAAUGAUAUAUUAGCCUUCCUUUCUGGGAUGCCUGUUACACGAAACACUAGAUAUCUGGACCUGAAGAACUCGACCGAGAUGGCCAUGUACAAGGAUGUGUGCGACUACAUGUUGUUCGCUCUCGCUGCGUACGGCUGGCCCAUGUAUUUGAUGAGGAAGCCAGCCUGCGGACUGUGCCGCCUCGUUAGCACCUGCCCCUGCACGUCCGUGUCCGGCUCGCGUUUGUCCCAGUCAGUGACAGUGGAGGAGGACAAUUGUUGUAGUUGUAACGUUUUGGCCAUACGCAGAUAUUUCCUGGACGAGGAGCGCAAGCAAGUUCACAUUGUCUACACGUCCUGCCAUGAUGCUGUUUACGAGACCCCAUUUUUUGUGGCAGUGGAUCAUGAGAAGAAAAAGGUGGUCAUCAGUAUCAGAGGAACCCUAUCUCUAAAGGAUGCUUUGACUGAUCUGACGGGGGAUUCUGAGCGUUUGCCGGUGGAGGGACAACAAGGGACCUGGCUUGGUCACAAGGGGAUGGUUUACUCAGCAGAGUACAUCAAGAAGAAACUGGAGCAGGAGAUGAUAUUGUCACAAGCCUUUGGGAGAGACUUGAACAAGGGCACCAUGCAUUACGGGCUGGUGAUUGUUGGCCAUUCUCUUGGUGCCGGCACUGCUGCUAUUCUCUCCUUCAUGCUGAGACCCCAGUAUCCCACACUUCACUGCUACUCUUACUCCCCACCUGGUGGCCUUCUGAGCGAGGAUGCCAUGGAGUACUCCAAAGAAUUUGUCACCUCUGUGGUACUCGGAAAAGAUCUGGUGCCAAGACUGGGCUUAUCGCAACUGGAGGGGUUCCGUCGCCACCUUCUAGAAGUCCUACAGAAAAGUAACAAGCCAAAGUGGAGGAUCAUUGUGGGAGGCACCAAAUGCAUCCCAAAAUCGGAGCUUCCACUUGAGGAGGAUGAUCCUCCGACUCAGCAAGCAGCACCCCCCAGCAGUCGCCUGUGGCUCCACCCAAGUGACCUCAGCAUCGCCCUCUCCGCCUCGACUCCCCUGUACCCUCCUGGCCGAAUCAUCCAUGUGGUUCACAACCAUCCUCCAGAAACCUGCUUUGGUCAGGAAGAGCCAACAUACUCGGCUCUUUGGGGGGACAACAAGGCUUUCAAUGAGGUCAUCAUAUCACCUGCCAUGCUUAAUGAGCACAUGCCUCUCAUGGUGAUGGAGGGCCUCAACAAGGUGCUAGAGAACUACAACAAGGGAAAAACAGCGUUGCUGUCCGCAGCCAAGAUCAUGGUGAGCCCGACAGAAGUGGACUUGAACCCAGAGAGCGUGUUCAUGGCUGCGUCCAACACGGCCCAGCAGCCGACGCCUACAGCCCACCAUCGCAGGAACAACAGUGUUCGACAAAAAACAUUGUCACGUUCGUGUGCCCAGUCUGAAAUAUCUCUGGAUGGUUUCUCUGAGUGUCCUCCUCCUCCAGUACCCGUAGUGUUGCGUGGAGCACGAGAGCGCCUCACUGUAGAACUUAGAGACCGCAAAGCUCCCCUGGCUGUCAUGGAAAGCUUGUCAGACGCCGAAUCCGUAUACAGUCUGGAUUCCCGGCGCUCUUCUGCCGCGCUUAGAGGUUCCCCAUUGCUCAGUAGCCUCCCUUUUCCUUUGGAUGCCACCAUUCCAGAAGAGAACCCGUCUCUCAGCUCUCGUACUGAACUACUGGCUGCUGACUGCCUUUGCCAGGCCACACCAGAGCACCUGGGAGAAAUCAGCCCUUUCUUUACGCCGUCAGAUGCUGCAUCCAAACCGGAGUACUCCAUGCAGCUGUCCCCUGCCAUGCCUCGCUACAGUGGACAGUAUUCCCCUCAGCCUCUCAUGCCAGAGCAGAACCCAUACCCCCAAAUUUCUGUUGAUGUGCAACAGAUGCCUGGCAUCUACAGCCCAGGUAGCACUCCCGACGCUUCCCUCAGUCCGCAGAUUGCUUCUAGACCAAUGGAUGGAGACAUGGAUCAGUGGGACUUCUGCCCAGAGACCAGGCAGGUAAACACUCCUCCUCCACCCCAGCUAUCCAACGGAAACCCCAGCAGAACAGUACUAGAAUUUGCCCAGUAUUUGGACUCUCUAUUCAGGUUAGAUGGCAGCAGCUCACCGCCGUUGGAUCUCUCUGACGGUGAGUCUGAGUCAGGACGUGGCUCCCUCGGGCAUGUCGAAUGUUUGGCAGACGGACCGGAUGACAAACAACUUCUGGCCAGGGCAACUCUGGAGCCCAACCUGGUCCCUAAGCCCCCACGCACUUUUGCCGGAUCGGCUGAUCCUUCCUCUGGCAUCUCCUUGUCACCCUCCUUCCCUCUCUCAUCUUCUGAAGAACUCAAUGACCUUUCACCCGGUGAGGGGGUUCCACCUGCCAUGCAUUCACUACGAACAUCUCCCCCUAUCCACUGUCCUGAGGAAAACACUCUGUCCUCUAUGGUGUAGUCAGCUCUAUAAGCUACUCCGCAAUGAAGAGGUACAGUCGUCCCAGAUUUAAAAACAUAUCACAGUACGUGCAUGCAAUGGAAUGUAGUCACUCAUCAGAGAUCUAAGGACAGAGCUUGACUCUCCAGCUUUCAAAUAAUUUCCAUUCUUCAGGUGUCCUCCCCCACUUGAACUAUGUUUAUAGCAUUUUCACACUAUUGCAAUGACUGCAAAAAAGAUACCUCUCUGCAUGCCAGGGGGCUGUGCUGCUUUUGGGUGGAAAAGAACAACUGUAGCUACACAAUGCCGUUCCAAAACAAGUCGUGAGACGUCUCAGCAUAUGUUCACCCCCCUGACUCCACUUUAACGAUGCCAGGAGUAGUUACCUUAUCCUAGCAGGGAUUCAAAAACUAACACUGUAGAAAGAGCCAGUUUGCAUAGGCGCAUCUUCUCUGGUUGGUGUACUCUACUUUUUGCACCCUCAGCAGCUUCAGAAUAGUUUUUUUUUUUUCCUCUUGCUUUUUAUUUUUUACUCUUCAAUCAGGAAUGUGAAGAUGGACAUAUGUCAGUCGCUGUGACAUGACACAAUGUUCCUCAGGUCUAUUCAGAGUUGGUGUUAAGAAAAGAGAUUGUGUGUGUGGGUAAAGUCACGUGUCUUAAACAUUUAGUGAUUGUGACAAAAGUUAAUACGGACGCCUAUGGAUGUUUUUAAACUUUUUGGUUACUCUUUAUAGCGCAUGAUAUUUAUUUUGUAUUUCUUUUCAAAGAGAACUCGUCAUCAAGCCACUUGGGCUGUGUCUCAAAUUGAACACUUCCGUCAGUGCACUCCAAUAUGUACACUAUGCCCCGUUGCCAACUCAGUAAUGAAAGUAGCUAUUGGAUGUCCUAAAAGCUGUAAGAAGUGGUUAAGUGACUUCAUUUCAUUUGUAUAAUAUGCCCUUACGCAACAACUUUGCAAAUGACUUCUCCCUCUAUUUCUGAUCAACAUGUGCAAUAAACGUGAUUGUUCUGACACAUCGAUUAGUUCUAGCUUCAAUAGCUCUUUGUCUCUUUUUAAUUCCCACUGCAAGGAAGCUAACACUCUAGUAAAUCAACAAGAGUUGUGGUUGCUCACCGAGUUGACAAUCUGAAAAAAUUGCAAGUCACAUUUAACCCAAAAGAGCUAUACACGCGGUAGAAAAUGGAUGGAUGGAUGGAGCUAUACAAUGAUCAACAUAUAUAGGCAGGAACAUAAUCCAGGUUUAAAGGGGAACAUUAUCACAAUUUCAGAAUUGUUAAAACCAUUAAAAAUCAGUUCCCAGUGGCUUAUUAUAUUUUUCGAAGUUUUUUUCAAAAUUUUACCCAUCACGCAAUAUCCCUAAAAAAAGCUUCAAAGUGCCUGAUUUUAACCACCCGUACAUUUUCCUGUGACGUCACAUAGUGAAGCCAACACAAACAAACAUGGCGGAAAGAACAGCAAGCUAUAGCGACAUUAGCUCGGAUUCAGACUCAGAUUUCAGCGGCUUAAGCGAUUCAACAGAUUACGAAUGUAUUGAAACGGAUGGUUGUAGUGUGGAGGCAGGUAGCGAAAACGAAAUUGAAGAAGAAACUGAAGCUAUUGAGCCAUAUCGGUUUGAACCGUAUGCCAGCGAAAACGACACGACAGCCAGCGACACGGGAGAAAGCGAGGACGAAUUCGGCGAUCGCCCUCUAACCAACGAUUGGUAUGUGUUUGUUUGGCAUUAAAGGAAACUAACAACUAUGAACUAGGUUUACAGCAUAUGAAAUACAUUUGGCAACAACAUGCACUUUGAGAGUGCAGACAGCCCAAUUUUCAUCAAUUAAAAUAUUCUGUAGACAUACCCUCAUGUCAGCAGGCCAGGGAAGCUAGGGUCGAUAUUCUUCUCUUGAUCAUCUUCGGGACGGUGUGAGCCAAGACAUCCAGGGGGUUUAGCUCGCUCGUCUGCGGGAACAAACUGCCACCAUUGCUUGCCGUGCUACCGAGGUCCUUUGUCCCUGAAUUGCUCACACACUCCGGCAGAUUCAAUGGGGGUCUGGCGGCAGAUUUCUUUGACUUUAUCGUUGGAAAUGCAUCUGCUUUGAGUGUCGCAGGAUAUCCACACAUUCUUGCCAUCUCUGUCGUAGCAUAGCUUUCGUCGGUAAAGUGUGCGGAACAAUCGUCCAAUUUCUUGCCACUUUCGCAUCUUUGGGCCACUGGUGCAACUUGAAUCCGUCCCUGUUCGUGUUGUUACACCCUCCGACAACACACUGACGAGGCAUGAUGUCUCCAAGGUACGGAAAACAGUCGAAAAAACGGAAAAUAACAGAGCUGAUUUGACUCGGUGUUUGAGAAAAUGGCGGAUUGCUUCCUGAUGCGACGUCACGUUGUGACGUCAUCGCUCCGAGAGCGAAUAUUAGAAAGGCGAUUAAUUCGCUAAAAUUCACCCAUUUAGAGUUCGGAAAUUGGUUAAAAAAAUAUAUGGUCUUUUUUCUGCAACAUCAAGGUAUAUAUAUUGACGCUUAGUAGGUCUGGUGACAAUGUUCCCCUUUAAGAAUGAUACAUAUUUUCACAUGAGAAUCUCCAAUAACGUCACAAAAAAAUCGCUAGUAGGGAUGGGUACCGAGUUUGGUACUUUUAUAGGUACUGACCGAAGUCAGUCAGUAUUAUAUUAUUAAUAUUGUUUAAAACAAUACAAUAGAAUGUACUACUAAAAACUGCAAUCGUUUUAUGAAGUAAUGUAAUAAUGUAUAGUAUUUACCUUAGAGAGUGGACUUUUAUGGUAUCUCUUGCGAGCUGCUUUUCCAUCAAACAUAUUUUCAUGGAUAAAUGUUCUUUGUUUAAAAAUGAUUUUAACAGAUUAAGCUGGGGUUAUUUUAGUAUGUAUGGACUCAUUCUGCUUCAGUGCUAUGCUUGCACUGCUUCGCCAGGUCAGGUACACACAGACCUCAGUAAUGUUGCUCCAUGAUUUCUUUCUUUAAUUCAACGAAUAUCAUCUGCUUCUUCUCAGCGCUGUCCUUCCCCACUCACGUGCUUUGUUCCCAUGCAAGUAAACAAUGAACGUGAGUGAGUUUGCAAGGGAAACAUCUGAUGUUUCACUUGCAAACUUCAAACGGGGUUCAUUGUGACAUUUGCAAGCAAUGGGGAGAAUCCACAUUUUUGCUUGCAACUUAAAGCAUAAAAAUUAGCUGAGGGACAGCUCCUAUUCAAGAAACUUGUAAGCCCAGGUACCAAUAUAUUUGAUAAGCGCUUUACACUGAGAACCCAUUAUCCAUUCACACACCGGUGGUGGUAAGCUACACACUUUGUAUCCACAUCUACCUUGGGGUAGACUGAUGCAAAUGUGGCAGCCAAUUCGCACCAACGGCCUGGCCUCUCCGCCCUCCAUUAAAACUCAAUUCACACCCAUACACCAAUGUGGGCUGCACUGAGGACUAGGAGGUCGCGGCAGUCACAGGGACUGUUAAAGUUGGGUUUAAAACUACCAAACCCUCCAGUUUCUGGACAACUCGCUCUACCAUAAAUUGAUUAACAUGGACCCCGACUUAAACAAGUUGAAAAACGUAUUCAGGUGUUACCAUUUAGUGGUCAAUUGUACGGAAUAUGUACUGUACUGUGCAAUCUACAAAUAAAAGUCUCAAUCAGUCUAAAAAAAAACCCUCCAUAGACACCGCCACCCAAUAUAAGUGGCAACACUAAUACUAUGUACUUAGUACUUUGUUUUUGAGGGCACAUAUUUUGACAGUGUAGUGCUGUCCCAAAUCCGUUUCUGUCCUUGUGCACACACCGAAGAUGACGAUCGCAGUAAUCAUCCACUUUUUUUUCCUUCUUCUUCUUCUCCCCUUCUAAAUUGUGAAUUGCAAGCGCUCUAGUUCGUCCCUACCAUUCCACUUUCUAGCCAAAAUGGCGAUUAUUGAGGGUGGUUAGGCUCCAAUGUUGCACACUCGUGGGUGUAAUUUGCAGUGGGGGGGAAAGGGGGCUUGCACCCAGCACUUUUUCAAAAAGCAGUUUUUAUCCCCUGCACCUUUUAAGGUCCAAAAAUGUCAUGCUAUUGAAUGGAGACAAGUCAAACACUAGCGCCAGGCGAGAAAACGGACGCUCCAUCGCAGGCUUGUCCCUUUCGACUGCUUGUUGAUUGGCUUUCUAGGGCUGCCUUCUUGCCAACGUGACAAUGAUUGACAGACCACGCAAUCAGAUAUUACAAAUAAGUAAGACGUAUUAAAAAAACCCAAAUAAGAGCAGUUAGGUGCACCACUCAAAGGUAGUUAUGUUGUUGACUAAGACUUGCCCUCGGCGAAUAAGGACGCAGAUUGCAGAGAAAGUUUUUGCCAUUCUUGGUAUCAGAAAGUAUUAAUCUUGGUUGCAGUGGGCCUGGUUUGAGUCCCAGGCAGGGCAUUAAAACAAUCUUGAAAAACCCAAGCAAAGUUAUUUAUUUCAUUGUUGUUAUUUCGUACAAACUCUAACUUAGUGAACAAUCACUUAUAGUACUCCAAAACAUCUAAUCCCUUCGAAACGCGCGGUGUACGCGAGCCAGCCACUUCUGAAAUCCAAAGUUGGUCCCUGGUUAGGCUCUGACGUUGCACAAUCACCAUGUGGGCCGUGUUAAAUGCAGAACCCGGGCACUUGCCGUACUCCUCCAAGCCUUGGUACGGAAGUGUGCGAGUUGAGACACAGCCUAACGGGACUGACAUUUGGGCACUCUUGGGCACAUUAUGUUUGCUCAGGCCCCCUCUUUGCCAAAUAAAUGAUUACAGUGAUAUUGCCAAAUGUA